UUCGCUAUUGUAGAUGGCACAAACUACAUCACUCCGUCCGCAAUAACCAGAUACAUCGACGCUGAUGAGCGCGCUUCAACACGCUCGAUCGCCUGCAAAGAGCAGAGGUGCAUAGAAUGGUGUGCCGUGCGCGUCUUGAAUGCAGAGCUGGAUGCGCCGCUGUCCCAGGUCCUGUAGGCAACCCAGACCCCCGAUGUCGCGUUUCUGCUGCAACUACAGAGUUUAGACCCGACGCCGUUCCUGCACGGAGGUAGCCAAGCCAAGCCAACGCGAAACAGCAAGGCGACAUUACACAGUCGUGAAUGUUUUACAAAUACACGGCGGUCUAAGCUGUUCACACAUCCAAGUGUAAAUGGGAAGCAACGUCCUCCGAACAGAAUGUAAAAAUAUCUUUGAAGGAUGGAAGAAAAGGGCUUCAACGCUGCGUUGCUUUUUCUUGGCUAUCUUUCUGUGUCAUCAGUUGAUGCCGACACCCUGUCCGCCCCACUGAAUGUGACAGUCGAGUUUAAGGGUGUGAACUCUGCGCUGGUGAAAUGGGAAAUUCUUGACGGGGACCCUGUUAUUGGCUUCGCCAUCACCCAGCAGAAGAAGGACAUGCGCAUGUUCCGCUUCAUCCAGGAGCUGAACACCACCACGCGCUCCUGUGCCCUCUGGGACCUGGAGGAGGACAGCGAGUACAUCCUCCACGUGCAGUCCAUCAGCAUGAGUGGCACCAGCCCCCCCAGUGACACCGUGACCUUCCGCACGCCCAAGGAGUCCGACAAACUGGCCUCCACAAGCCCAGAUGACGUGACGAUGCAGGAGGUGGACCAGGCAGCUCAGCUGAGAGCAGGAGAGCUCAUCAUCAUCGUGGUCGUGCUGGUCAUGUGGGCAGGCGUGAUCGCUCUCUUCUGCCGUCAGUAUGACAUCAUCAAAGACAACGAGCCCAACAACAACAAGGACAAAGCCAAGAACUCGUCAGAGUGCAGUACCCCCGAGCACCCAACAGGGGGCCUACUGCGCAGCAAGGUCUAACACAGCUCCCCCGCCUCCCCUCUUCCACGGCAAUAACAAACUGGCAGUCGCCUCAGGACAGAACCUUGACAUGUUAGAAAGCCAUGAAAUGACAUCGCCACCAACAACACCAACAUCCUAAAGACAGACUUCUCUCAGCUCCAUCGUAAAAAAAAGAAAACCCCACUAAAAACUCCUUGGAGACACCCACAGAAGAGGAAGAAGCGGACGAAGAUCAAAAGAACAGACAGCUUUGGUGCUUUUCUACUCAGCCUCUCUCCCUCGAUCUACCAUGUGAACUCGGUGGAAAUGGUGUAAAAAGA